AACAUGUCAUUUCCGCUUCUGCUCAAAGAUGGCGUCCUCCUCCAAUGCGGACGGCGUGAGCGACGCACAAACAGGAAAAAAAUCCCAAAAGACUAAAACCCAAGUGGAUGAAUCUGAGCUCCUGACUGUUCCUGAUGGAUGGAAGGAGCCAGCGUUCACCAAGGAUGACAAUCCUCGCGGUCUGCUGGAGGAGAGCAGCUUUGCUACUCUCUUCCCCAAAUACAGGGAAGCCUACCUGAAAGAGUGCUGGCCACUGGUAGAGAAGGCUUUAGGGGAAGAGUACAUCAAACCGUCUCUGGACCUGAUUGAGGGCAGCAUGACCGUCUGCACCACGAAGAAAACGUUUGACCCGUACGCCAUCGUUAGAGCCAGAGAUCUCAUUAAGCUGCUGGCAAGGAGCGUCCCGUUUGAACAGGCCGUGCGGAUAUUACAGGACGACGUGGCCUGUGACAUCAUCAAAAUUGGGACCAUGGUGAGGAACAGAGAACGGUUUGUGAAGAGAAGGCAGCGCCUGAUUGGCCCCAAAGGCUCCACCCUGAAAGCGUUGGAGUUGCUGACCAACUGCUACGUGAUGGUGCAGGGAAACACGGUGUCAGCCCUGGGGCCCUACAGCGGCCUGAAGGAGGUGCGUAAAGUGGUGAUGGACACGAUGAAGAACAUCCACCCCAUCUACAACAUCAAGACACUGAUGAUCAAACGGGAGCUGUCCAAAGACCCCGAGCUGCGGGUGCAGUCCUGGGAACGCUUCCUGCCCAACUUCCGCCACAAGAACCUCUCCAAGCGUAAGGAGCCCAAGAAGAAGAGUGUGAAGAAGGAGUACACGCCGUUCCCUCCUGCACAGCCAGAGAGCAAGGUUGAUAAGGAGCUGGCCACUGGAGAAUUCUUCCUGCGGGAAAGUGUGAAAAGGAGAAAGAAGAUGGAGGAAAUCAAGGUCAAACAAGCAGACGCUCUAACCAAGAAGCAAGAGGAGCGGAACAAAGCUUUCAUUCCUCCUAAAGAGAAGCCUUUCAUGAAGAAGACUAUAAAAGCCCCUACAGAAGGUAAGCUGGACAUCGAAGCCCUCAAGGAGAAAGUGAAAAAAGCCAAAACAAAGAAGCUGGGUGCCCCACCAGUGAACCCAGCUCCCCCCACCAGCAGCACCAGCAACAAAAAGAAAAAGAACAAAAACAAAGGCUAAAGCACCCAUGAACGUUUACCGUGUCUGUCGGACAGAUAAAGACUGGAAGUGCACAGGAUGUCACGCAGACAGUGUGUGUGCUUGGAUCAAGAUGAAUGAUUCUAUCACAAACUCUCCCAGACAUCUUUGUUCUACUUGUUCUGUCAAGAAAAGCGUCCCUUUUUUUAUUCUCCUGUUUUAGUAUUCUCUAUGUGGAGACCAAGUGUGUUGAAGAUGAACAGUAGAACUUUAUCCUUCCCAUCCGCUGUUAGCUAUUGUCCAGAUUUUGAAUGGAUAGUGUUUAUAUUUAUCAAUGUAUUUUUCUUGUUUGUUAGGAUUCAUGUGUGUUCAGGAGGAGGAGGACCACUCAUCCUGAUAGAAAUCUAACAUUAAAGGAGGUUUUUUAAUGGCA